GUUGUGUGUUUUAAAACCCAUAAACUAACUACCGUUUUCAUCGACUCCAUCUUGCUUUUCCUAGUAGUUAGGCGGCUUUCCGCCAUAGCAAAUCUGAUAUUUUACUGAACAAAGAUGGAAAGUCCGAUGGCUUCAGAGCAACACGAUUCCAAGUCUAAUUACCGGAAGGUGGGUGCCGAGUCGCCAAGACCGCCGUCUAAUGAGGUAGGUUUUGACUUCGGCGGCAGUGACAGAAGAUUCGCAUAUUCACGUCAAGCAUCGUUUCACCAAUCUAACAGUCUAUCGAAGCCUCUGCUGACGCGUAACGUUUCGAGCAUCGAUAUACCGGAUAUUUACUCUCGAGAUUCGCCCUACGUAUUGUCCCAGGAAUCAAAUAUCUCUGACGAGAAAUUUUCCGUUUCUUCUCUUCUUUCAGCAGUUUUAAGAGGCGUCUUAUCGGGGAACAAGCCGAUGAGGAGGUUGUUUGUGUUGAUUUCACUUAAUGUAGCUUAUUCUACAGUCGAGUUAUGCCUUGGGCUUUUUUCAGGCCGAGUAGGUCUGGUCUCAGACGCAUUUCACUUGACAUUUGGCUGUGGCCUCUUAACAUUUUCAUUGUUUGCAAUGGCUAUUUCUAGGAGAAAGCCUGAUGGAACCUACACAUAUGGGUACAAGAGAUUAGAAGUUUUGUCUGCUUUCACUAAUGCUACAGCUCUUUCUAUUGUUUUUGUCAUUCUCCUUAGCUGUUGAAGCACUUCAUGCAUUCAUACAAGAUGAAUCUGAGCACAAGCAUUAUUUGAUUGUUUCUGCUGUUACCAACUUGCUGGUGAAUCUCAUUGGUGUCUGGUUCUUCAGAAACUAUGCUCGCAUUAAUCUUGUUUACAGGAAGGCGGAAGAUAUGAAUAACCAUUCAGUUUGUUUGCAUGUGAUAGCUGAUUCCAUCCGGAGUGCAGGUUUGAUCCUAGCCUCUUGGUUGUUGACAUUAGGGGUGAAAAACGCUGAAGUUCUUUGUCUGGGAAUAGUUUCAGCUGCGAUAUUUAUGGUUGUCAUGCCCCUAUUCAAGGCUACAGGAGGAGUUCUUCUCCAAAUGGCACCUUCGUAUAUCACUUCUUCUGCAUUGAACAAGUGCCGGAGACAGGUUACCUCUCGUCAAGAUGUUUCAGAAAUCUUUCAAGCCCGUGUAUGGGAAAUGGUGCCAGGCCAUGCCAUUGGAUCAAUUUCACUGCAGAUGAAGAAGGGAAUGGAUGAUCGGGCGGUGCUCCAAUAUGUUCGCUACUUAUACCAUGAUCUUGGGGUCCAAGAUUUAACGGUACAAAUUGAUUAUGCUUGACAAUGUAUAUAGUACAUACAUAUUAAACAAUCGAUCGAGAUUUUAAAGUAUGUGUUUGGCUUUAUUUCUUGAUAUUAUUGUACACAGUACACAUUAUGCUCUUCAUUGGCAUUGAAUUACUUCUCGGUCAAUAAUUCCAUUGAAGUAUCUAUUUUUACCCCA